AUGCCUCCCCACCACAAUCCCUUCUGGGACUUUAUGCAGUCCCUCAACACCCCCAACCCAAACAACCGCCGCGAUCCCGGCCACGGCGUCGAUCACAACACUUCACCCCCCUUCCCCGGCUUCCCCGGCUUCCCCUUCGGAGCUCCUCCUCCACACGGCGGACACCCGCCUCACCACCCGCAUCCGCCUCCGCCUCCACCUCCCGGAGCCGGCCCCCCCUGGUGGGAUCAAGCUCCCCCGGCCUGGGCUUACUGGUUCAACAGCUUCAACGGCCCGCCUCGCUACGACGAGCAUCCGUUCUCCCACGAUGCCGGCGUGAAUGCCCCCCGAGACGCCGGUGAAGCCCCUCGUGAAAAGACCAACGAAGCAUCUUCCCCCGAGACCAUGCAAGACGGCGAGCAAUUCCCCGACCCGGCCGAAGUCACCCCCUCGGGAAGUGACGACGACGACGACGACCGUCGUGACGCCGUCCCUCCCCCUUCCUAUCCCGCCGAGGGCGGCCGAGGCGGACGACACGGACGAGGUCGUGGAGGCCGCGGCCGCGGCCGCUGCGGAGGCCGUCGCGCAUGGCGCAGAGCCGGAGGCAUCCCCUUUGAACCUCCCAACGCCGGCCCUCCCUUUGACUUCCCCGGCAUGAUGCGCGGCUUCAUGGGCCACCCAUUCUUCCGCACCAUCCGCGACCAAGCCGAGCGCUACGCCCAGCCCGCCAACGCCAACGCCAACGCCAACGCCGACGACGAAAACACCUUCUCCCCUCCCAUCGACAUCUUCAACACCCCCGACGCAUUCAUCCUGCACACCGCCCUACCCGGCGCGAACAAGGACGACGUCAGCGUGUCCUGGAACCCGCAGACGCGCUCGCUCCGCAUCGCGGGCGUUGUGCACCGCCCUGGCGACGAGGCGUUUCUGCAGACGCUGACGGCCGUGCGGGAGCGUAGAGUCGGUGUUUUUGAGAGGGAGGUGAGAUUGCCUCCCGAGGGCGAGACUGAGAAGAAGGGUCAUGGCGAGGAGGCGGAUCUGGAAGUCGAUGUUGAUGGAUUUGGCAUCACGGCGAGGAUGGACGAGGGUAUCUUGAUUGUGACGGUGCCCAAGGUGGAAAAGGAGUGGAUGGAGGUGAGAAAGGUGGAUAUUGCUUAG